AUUAAAUUUUUUAACUUUCUCAUUUUAAAGGUUAAUAGGCGUAAACAAAAUAUUAUGAAUUGUGUUAAUCAUGCAAAGCAAAAGAGAUAAAAAUCAUUAUUAAUUUACGUCGAAAGUUUUAAAAUAAAAUGUCGUUUAUGCCUCUUUGGCCAAAUUUACAACCAAGAGCUACAGAUCCCUUAUGGUUUAAUGCUGACAAACCAAUUGAUGAUGAAAGUGAAGUAUCUGCAUUGGAACUUAAACAUCAAACAUGGUUAGAACAAAUUCGAGUUGAAGGUUAUGAUCUUAUUCCUAUUGGAAAAUCAGCUAGUGAUUUUAGAUGUUCUGAAGAAGAGGAAGAAGAGGAGGAAGAGGAAGAAGGCGAAGGAGAAGAAGAAGACUCGGAUACUCACGAAGAAGAAGAAGAAGAACUAGAUGAUAUAGAUAUGGAAGUUAGUUACUCACAACAGCAGCAAAGAUCAAGUCCAUCAGAUACUGCUACUGAUCCUGUGUCCAUUAGAAUGGAACCAAGUGGAUCAUAAUUAAUAUGUUUUAUUAUAAAGAUUCUGAUGAGAGCCAUUUGACCAAUUUUUCUCAAUCAAGGACAACAUAAUGUUAUUGAUAUUUAUGACAUCAAUAACUAUAUUAUUUCUUAUAAUGUUUUUAUAAAAGGUGUA